AUAAUUCCCUUCUUAGAAAUUUGUCCCUUUUCAUCGGAUUAUCUUCUCCAUCUUGCAAUGUCUCCGGUCGCUGUCCAGGACGGCUCUUUCCCCGCCCUCUUAGAGGGUCUUAAAACUGCGCCCAAUGAUGCAGAAGCGAAAGGUGCGGCGGAGAAACUCGCAGUUCAAGUCAAGCAUGCCGGGCUACAAUCUCUCACUGACAGCGAUGUCAUCUCUACUCUCACUGUAUACGCUAACAACAAGAAGUCUGGCUUCGAGCGCGAAUCAGCCCCUGUGGGUCUCCAAGCGUUGGCACGUGUAUGCGGUCAUGGCUUCGAGCCUGCCUUACUUGAGACUAUCCCCACACUAUUCGAGUUGUAUAUGGACAAGGGCGAUGUAGUACGAUCCGCUGCAGACAAGGCCGUCAAGGCUAUCCUCAAGCUCGCCCCACCGGAAGCGACACGGCCCAUUCUUGAUGUCCUCGAGGGUGUGCUGGAAGCGGGGAAAUGGCGGACCAAGGUCGGCGUUCUCAAGGCCAUCCAGGGCCUCAUCCCCACCGCGAAAGAACAGUUGGGUCAAGAGCUGGCAUCCAUUUUGCUGAAAAUUGAACACGCUAUGCAUGACACCAAGGCUGAGGUAUCCUCGGCUUCCAUCGCAUGUGCUACUGCGCUUUGCAAGACCAUCGACAAUGCUGAUAUCCUACCCUUCAUCCCCGAUCUCGUUGGCUGCAUGGCUCGUCCGGACGCAGUUCCAGCAUGUGUCAAGAAGCUUGCAUCGACUACCUUCGUCGCAGAAGUGACUGCACCGGCAUUGGCAGUCAUGGUUCCCCUACUGUCCCGUGCAUUGAACGAACGGAGCAUGGAGACUCAGCGCCUUACGGUCAUCGUGAUCGACAACCUUGUCAAGCUUGUGCGUGAUCCUGCGGUUGCUGCCCGAUACCUCAGCGCUCUUGUUCCUGGUGUGGAUCAGAUCGCAAAAAGCGCAAGCUUCCCUGAAGUCCGUGCAUUUGCCAACACUGCGCUCACGACAUUGCUGAAAGCAGGUGCCUCGGCCACCUUCACCCCGCCCCCACCACGUGACAUCGCAAAGGAGACAGAUGCGGUAUAUGCUGUUAUCCUCGCGAGCCUUCCAGGGUUCCUUCUCAUGCCUGCCAAGCCUAACUCUCCCACGCCAACGCCAUUCCAUCCUCAACUGGAGAAAUCAGCCCGGUGGAGCGCUGGUCUUGUCGCUGACUUAGUCAGGGACCGUAACUUCGACGUGAAGGCAUGGAAUCGCUGCUUGAGUGUGUAUCUUGGAUGGUGGGUUGGAGGCGCGGAAGACGGGAAGAAAGUUGGUGGCAAGGUCAGGCAGGCGUUUAUGGAUGCCGAUCGGGCAAAGAACGCCCCAGCGGACACUGGUGAUGACGAGGAGGGCGAACUUCUUUGCGACAUCUUGUUUUCCCUCGCCUACGGUGCUCUGUUGCUCCUUAACCACACGACGCUGCGCCUCUAUCGUGGACAUCGCUACGGUAUCGUCGCUGGCAACGGUCAGGGCAAGAGUACUCUUAUGAAGGCAAUCCGCGAUGGAAAGGUUGAGAACUUCCCCCCCCAGUCCGAACUACGCGCCGUCAUGGUCGAGCACUCGCUGCAGGGCGAGGAUGCCAGCCUGGCUAUCCUCGACUUCAUCGUCUCUGACAAGCAGCUGAAGGGAGUGCCUCGAGAGACGAUCGCCGCUCAGUUGCGGGAAGUUGGAUUCGAUGAUGCCAGGCAGCAGGAAACUGUCGGGUCCCUUUCUGGUGGCUGGAAGAUGAAGCUGGAGCUAGCUCGUGCUAUGCUUUACCAUGCCGAUCUCCUGCUGCUGGAUGAGCCGACUAACCAUCUUGACGCCGCCUCGGUCAAGUGGCUCCAGGAAUAUCUCGUUUCCCUGAAGCACGUUACCAGUCUCAUUGUCAGCCACGACUCGGGCUUCCUGGAUGCUGUCACAACCGACAUCAUGCACUAUGAAACCAAAAAGCUUGUAUACUACAAGGGCAACCUUGCUUCCUUCGUUGAGAAGCACCCUGAGGCUAAGUCCUACUACACGCUCGCCGCAACCUCCAUCAAAUUCGCAUUCCCAUCCCCUGGUUCCUUGAUGGGUGUACGAUCAAACACGCGCGCGAUUUUGAAACUCUCUCACUGCACCUUCGCCUACCCAGGCAAGCCGACGCCACAACUCAAGGAUGUCUCCUGCGCUCUGUCUUUGUCCAGUCGCGUAGGUGUUAUUGGGCCCAACGGAGCUGGCAAGUCCACCCUCAUCAAACUCAUCACGGGCGAGACGUCUCCUCAAGAAGGCACCGUCGUCAAACAUCCCAGCUUGCGCGUCGGCUAUGUCGCGCAGCAUGCGACCCAUCAUAUUGAUCGUCACUUGGAGAAGACACCUGUUCAGUACAUCCAAUGGCGUUAUCAGGACGGGCAUGAUCGUGAAUUGCUCGAAAAGGCGACACGUGUUCUCACGGAUGCGGAAAGGGCACAGCUCGAGGUCGAGUUCGUUGGCAAGAAUGGAGAGAAACGGAAGAUCGAAAUGAUCAUGGGUCGCCAAAAGCUGAAGAAGAGUCUUCAGUAUGAAGUCAAGUGGCGCGGUCUCGACCAUCGAUUUAACAGCUGGAUUCCUCGUGACGAACUCGUUGAAAAGGGUUUCUUAAAACUUGUUGGGCAAUUUGACGACAUCGAAUCGUCGCGAGAAGGUGCUGGGACGCGCGAGACAUCGACGGUGGUUGUGCGCAAGCAUCUGGAAGAUGUUGGAUUGGAUGGUGACAUUGCCCAAUACAACGAAAUGAAGGGUCUCUCUGGAGGUCAGAAGGUUAAAGUUGUUAUUGCUGCGGCAAUGUGGAACAACCCCCAGUUGCUCGUCCUUGAUGAGCCAACGAACUUCUUGGAUAGAGAGGCUUUGGGCGGUCUCGCUGUUGCGAUUCGUGACUGGAGUGGGGCUGUCAUCAUCAUCAGCCACAACGACGAGUUCGUCAGCGCACUGUGCCCAGAAAUUUGGAACGUCAAUGCUGGUGUGUUGACAAAGCAAGGGAAGGUUGCGGUCAUCGAUGAAGCAUUCCUGGAUGUCAAGACUGCCAAGUCAAGCCGCAGCAACACACCUUCUGCGACACCGGCGGGCACCACCCCGGACGCUUCUACCCUACCGACGCCUGCGGGUUCUGGCGCAGAAGAUUCGAAACCGGCGAGUGGUGUUGCCACACCUCUCAAGAAGAAGAAGAAGCAGACUCGUAACCAAAUGAAGGCGCAGGAAGAGCGGCGACGUGUUCGUAAGCUGAAUUGGCUGACCUUCGGUGGGCCAAAGCCGGAGGAUACGGACAGCGACUGAGAUGAUAUGAGUCUCUGAUUUCCUUUCCGCUUCAUUACUCGAAAGAUGCAACGUGUUUUGUAGUGGGAAUGUUGUACAAAUAGCGGCAUAGACUAUAGAAUAUUUCAUGGCUUGU